AUGCCGUUCGUGAAAGUUCGACCAGCGCGCGAUAAAACAUCAAAGGAUUUUAGAAAUAGCAACAUCUCACAAAAAGAAGAAUUGAAAAACGAUCUCACAUGUACACCUUUAGGAAAUGAAAACAUCAUAAACAAAUUAAACUGUCAAGAAAAGGAGAUUUUAAAAUCGAGUACUAACUCGGUUAAUGUUGAGUCAUUAUGGAAAGAGUUUCGGGAGAACACGACUAUGCAUGGUCUAAAGCAUGCAAGGAGAGAAAACAAAUAUCAGCUAAGAUGGGUGAUAUGGAUAAUUGCCUUAUUUGGGAUGGGAUCUCUUCUGGUUUAUACGGUUUACACACUGUUUGCUUACUACAGAACCAAUCCAACAUUGACUAAUAUCAAUCUGAAAUUUGUCAGAGAAAUGUUCUAUCCAGCAGUGACAAUCUGCAAUAUGUCUCCAUACAAACUGUCUGCAGUCAAUGCAAGUGCGGUAAUGAUGUCCCAUUUACUACACAGUAGUCGUCUUGGAGUUGUACUACCACCUCUAGACUACACAAAUCCUGCUAACGCUGAAUUGAACGAUUCCUUGUCGGAAGAUUGGUUAGACAAUGUCUCUUUUGACCUAGAUGAUAUGUUUAUGUAUUGUGUGAAUGAACGACACGUCAUUGCCUGUAAAAACAUCCUUAAGGCCAAAGUAACCCAAUGGGGAAAGUGUUUUACCUAUAAUGCAAAUGAAAACUUACCACAAGAAGGACGAGUGAAGGGUAGCAUGACUGGAUCAGCGACGGCCCUGACCUUCUACAUUGAUGUCAAGCAGAACGAGUAUGUUUUCAAUACUAAUAUGGCGGCUGGUGUCAAGAUAAUCCUACAUGAUCCUGAAGAAGAACCAGACGUCAACAACAAAGGUUUUAUAUCAUCACCAGGAAUGUCGACCUAUGUCUCCAUGAAAAUGACGAAGUAUAAAUAUUUGCCUGCACCGUAUAAAGCUGGAGGUGACCAGUUUUGCCUCGAUACAAAAGCGCCUGGAUUUCAAAAUACAUUAAAAUAUCAACAAUUCUAUAGCAGAACAGGAUGUCAGUUAGAGUGCAGAAGAGAUUUCAUAGUUAAUCAAUGUGGUUGUAGGGCAGUAACAGAUCCAGGAAAUGAAACUUUGUGCUCACCAAUCCAGGCUGCCACAUGUUAUUACCAGAAUGAAGUUGAAUUUGAUUCAAACGCAGAGCUAAAGGAACAAUGCAAAUGUCAGAUUUCCUGUGAGUUCACCACAUUUGACCAGUCGAUAUCGACUUCAACGUCUCCUGCUGAUGUUUACUUUCCAAUACUCCAAUCAAUGGGCUAUACAGAUAUAAAAAAUAACAUUUUGGAAGUAAGACUCUAUUAUGAUUCGUUAAGCUAUUUGCUCGUGGAAUCUAUCCCAGAAUACAACACAGAAGACAUUGUAGGUAUUCUGGGAGGACAGAUGGGAAUAUUUUUAGGAGCCAGUUUGCUGACAUUAUCAGAGCUAAUUGAAUUUGUCAUACUGUCUGUAGCUAUGGUUAUGAAAAAGUGUUACCGCUGUGCAUUUAGAAAAAAGAAUGAACAAAAUGAACAGGAUUUGUCACAAUAUUACUAAAUCAAUGCAUUAAACGUUUAAAGUCAUAGAUGAAAUGGAACAAAGAAUAGGUUUUUAUAAACCAAAAAGCUAUUGAAAUAUCCCUUGAUGCUAAGUUAGAGACUGCGUUUUUAUACAUUUGAACAAUUUUGUCGUGUUCAGUUUGAUGGUAAAAAAAACAAGAAUGUUGAGAGCAAGUUACUUUACCAGCAAGUCUAAUUUGAUUGCAUACAUCGAGAAACUAUUCACAUUUUUAACAUGUUCAUAAGAGACUUAUUUCAAUAUCAAUACUGAAACAUGAAGUAAUAUAU